CUGACCUAUGGCGGUGUCCUGCUGGGGCGCCCGCGGGCGGCACGAAGGACUUGAGCAGCUGUCGUCGCUCGCGGAAGCAGGCCGGGCCUUCCUGGGCCCGCUCCGGGCCUCCAAGUUCGUCACGGACACGGCGGGUGAGGCGGGCGCGCUGGUGAGCUCAGCCGAGCAGCUGCUGGAGAGCCUGGAGGCACGCGGCGCCGUGGGGCAGCUCCUGCGGGAGGCGGUGCGCGCGCAGCAUGCCGCCCACGGCACCGGCGCCGCCACCCUGCUGUUCCUCGCGGGCGCGUGGGGCCGCGCGGCCCAGGACUGCCUCCAGCUGGGCAUCCCCGUCCCUGCCAUCGUGUCUGCCAUGGCCGAGGGCCUGUGCAUGUGCACGGAGGAGGCUGCUGCCCUGCACCUGCGCGUCCGCCUAGAGCAGGAAGAGGGCCGUCAGGGGGAGAGCGCCUCCCCCCAGCUCACCGGGCCCGGGCUCCCCAGGACCUCGCCGGAGUUCCAUGCCGCCCCGAGGGUUGCUGCCACUGCUGAAAGCGCGUGGCCCGGCCGCCGGAGGACGGAGCUGAGCCGCAGCCGGCACCUAGGCAGGGGGGGCGGCCGCCAGGGCGAGGGCGUGGACCCGGACCCGGACCCGCCCGGAGCGCGGGCCUGCACCGACCUGACGGAGCUGGCGGCCGGUCUGAGCCACGGCCAUGAUGGCUGCAUGGCACUGGUGGAGGCCGCCCUGCGCCUGCAGCUCCGGGGCACGCGCCCGCCGCCCGCCCUGCAUGCGGCCCAGCUCUUCACGUGCUGCGUGCCUGGCCCGCCCGCCGCCUGCUCGGGCGUGUGCCCCGGCUUCGUGGCACUCGUGCCUGCGUCCUGCGCCACAACAGUGCAGGCUCUGGAGCGCCGGCCGGCCCGGGUGGCGUUGCUGGAGGGCGACCUCACGCACACCUACCGCCACCCCGGGUUCCGGGCCGCGCCGGGGCCAGCGGGGGGCGCGGGGGCCGGCGGCGAGGCAGCCUGGGUGGAGGGCGCGGAGCGCGCGCUGGGCCAGCUCCGCGUGGACCUGAUCCUGGCCCGCGGCCGCGUGUCAGAGGCGCUGGCCGGGCGCUGCCUGCGCGCUGGGCGACUGGCGCUGGGCGGGGUGCCGGGCCGCGCACUGCGGGCCCUGGCCGAGGCCUCGGGCGCUGCGCCCGCGCUCUACGUGUCCCAGCUGCACGAGGCCUGCGUGGGCGCCGGGGUCGCGGUGGCACUGUGGCGGGGCCCCCCGGGCAACGAGCUGGGCGGGGACCGCGCGGCCGUGGCGGUGUCAGUGGCAGCCGAGGGCGCGGCGUUGGCCACGGCGGUACUCACGGGUCCGGCGGCGGGGCCGCUUCGCAUGCGGGAGGACGCGUUCUGGCGCUGCGCGCGCCGCGUGGAGGCGGCGCUGGCCGAGGGCGCGGUGUUCCCCGGCGCGGGCGCCGUGGAGCUGCUGUGCAUCGCCCGCCUUUUGGCGCUUGCCGGAGAGGCGCCCGGGCAUCGGCCGGCCGUGUUUCGCAGCCUGGCCGCCGGCUGGCGCCGCUACCUCACCGCCCUGCGGCUCAAUGCCGGCGCCCCGGCCCUGGAGGCGGACGCGGCCGUGCAGCAGCUGGUGGCGGAGGCGGCGGCCUCGGCCCGGCCCGCCGCGCACGUCCUGCGCCAGCACGGCGGGGGCGCAGAGCCACCGGCCCCCAGGGUCUACGACGCCGUCACCCCGAAGCUGGAGGCCUGGCGCCGCGCGCUCGACCUGGUGCUCCUCGUGCUGCAGACAGACAGCGAGAUCGUCACGGACCGCGGCCGCCCUCCCGACGCCGACGCCAUGCUCCUGUAG